GUACCGUACGGCAGUGCCGUUGUAGUGGUGCGUUUGUCCAUCUCUGUAGAGAUAUAGGUAUAUAUAUAUAUAUUUAUAUCAACGUGCGUCUGUGUCUCUUAGUAUGUUCACGUUUUAAAUGGACCCAGUUUUCCGGGUUUCUUGAAACACUCGCGCGCUCGCGCACAUACACACACGCGCGCGCGCCCGCACAGACGACGAUCAAAUUAGAUAUUUCCAUCUCGCGGGUUUCAGCCCACCUUAGGAGCCACCCGAGCACCCUGUUCAUUUGCCCCCGUCCGUUUUCCUGACUCGCGGAAUCGCCAUUAAACCGUUCGUCGCUGAUCCACAAUAAUAUAUUGCCUUUGAUCAAUUGCUACAUUAGCGAGAUCAGAGCUGCCGCCCUCACUCAGUCGCACCGCUCCAGUCCCAGCCUCCCCGGAUCGCCCUUCCAGCCUAGCAGCAGCUCCACCAGCGCCGAUGGAGACCACCAAGCUGCCCCCAUCCAGCCCGUCCUCUCCGACCACCGGCUUCUCGGUGCCGAGCGCGGAGAAGGUGGACGGCUUCCCCCGGCGCUCGAUGCGCAGAGCCCGGCAGCGGCGCUCCCACAGCUCGUCGCAGUUCCGCUACCAGAGCUCGCAGAUCGAGCUGACGGCCCUGCCUUUGCUCAAAGAUGCCCCCGUGGCGGAACUGCACGACCUCUUCUGCAAGAAGCUCCAGCAGUGCUGCGUGCUGUUCGACUUCCUGGACUGCGUGGCCGACCUGAAGGGCAAGGAGGUGAAGAGGGCGGCGCUCAACGAGCUGGUGGAGAGCGUGGCCACCGGCCGGGGCGUGCUCAUCGAACCCCUCUACCCCGAGGCCAUCAAGAUGAUUUCGGUGAACAUCUUCCGCACGCUGCCGCCCAGCGAGAACCCGGAGUUUGACCCCGAGGAGGACGAGCCCACGCUGGAGGCCUCCUGGCCUCACCUACAGCUGGUGUACGAGUUCUUCCUGCGCUUCCUGGAGAGCCCGGACUUCCAGCCCUCUAUGGCGAAGCGCUACGUGGACCAGAAGUUUGUUUUGCAGCUCCUGGAGCUGUUCGACAGCGAAGACCCCCGGGAGAGGGAGUACCUGAAGACCAUCUUGCACCGCGUCUACGGCAAGCUGCUGGGACUGCGCGCCUACAUCCGCAAGCAGAUCAACAACAUCUUCCUCAGGUUCAUCUACGAAACCGAGCGCUUCAACGGAGUGGCUGAGCUGCUGGAGAUCCUGGGCAGCAUCAUCAACGGCUUCGCGCUGCCUCUGAAGUCGGAGCACAAACAGUUCCUGGUGCGGGUGCUCAUCCCGCUCCACACGGCCAAGUCUCUGUCCAUCUUUCACGCCCAGCUCGCCUACUGCGUCGUCCAGUUCAUGGAGAAAGAUGCAACCGUUACCGAAUACAUAAUCCGCGGGCUCUUGAAGUACUGGCCGAAGACCUGCACUCAGAAAGAGGUGAUGUUCCUGGGGGAGAUGGAAGAGAUUCUGGACGUCAUCGAGCCCUCCCAGUUCGUCCGCGUUCAGGAGGCGCUCUUCAAGCAGAUCGCGGCCUGCGUCGCCAGCCCACACUUCCAGGUCGCCGAGCGCGCCCUCUAUUUCUGGAACAACGAGUACAUCCUGAGCCUCAUUGAGGAGAAUUGCCAGGUGAUCCUUCCCCUGGUCUUUGGCACGCUCUACAGGGUCUCCAAGGAGCACUGGAACCAGACAAUCGUGUCUCUUAUCUAUAACGUGCUGAAGACAUUUAUGGAGAUGAACAGCAAGCUCUUUGACGACCUCACCGCCUCUUACAAAGUGGAGAAGCAGAAGGAGCUCAAGCGAGAGCGCGAGCGGGCGGAGCUGUGGCGGUCGCUGGACGAGCAGCAGGAGAGGAGGUUGCGGAGCCUGAUGGAGGCCAGCCGCAACCAGAAGAACCUCCAAGAGCGACCGGGCCCUGCCCAGCCGGAGCCGGCGCCCGGCGGCAACAGCGCGACCUAGAGAACACACACCGACGGCGCGCUGUGGAACGCCGCUCGCUGCGGGGCCCGGGAACACGCCCCGCAGCCACCGCUCUCUAGUGUACAUCCUACUUUCAGCCUCAUUGGCACAAACACACACACACACACACACGUAAUCUCGCAGCUCAUUCGGUAUUCAGUCACUCACGCAAACACACACAACCGCACGGACAUUCGGUUUGGCCCAAUUCAACACGAAAACGCACGUCCCUAUCGAUGCUCCCACAAACUCGUACGGACAUUUUCGGACGGUCGACGGCGCUCCGGCGUGCUCGCCGACUCGCGGUCACGAAGCGAGGACGCUUCCGAGACGAGUGUAUGUUUUCGGUGCGCGCUGACGUACGCGAGUACACACGGGAUUCAAGCAGUCCCGAGUGCCGGAACUGGUCCCAUCGUGUGGGUUCAAACCCAAAACCCCCAGUCGCAACCAUUAAAUUUGACUUUUUAUUGACACAAAAGAGGAGGAAUUGUGAUGAUGAUGAUGAUGAUGAUGAUUAUGAUGAUGAUGAUGACGU